GCUGUGCAACACUGACGCAUUGCAAAAAUAAUUUCGGUGCUCGCGUCAAUCAGAAAAAGCCGAAAAGAACGGCCUUAAUGUGCGCGUAUUAAACGCCAGACGAGUGGAACGCGACCAAAGGAACCCAGCACACACACACACCCAGAAUGGAGGCCCUCAUCCCGGUCAUCAACAAGCUGCAGGACGUCUUCAACACCGUGGGCUCCGACUCCAUCCAAUUGCCCCAAAUUGUUGUUCUCGGCAGUCAGAGCUCCGGCAAGAGUUCAGUGAUCGAGAGCGUGGUGGGAAGAUCCUUUCUUCCCCGAGGAACGGGCAUUGUGACCCGUCGCCCACUGGUGCUCCAGCUGAUCUACAGCCCACUCGAUGAUCGCGAGAAUCGCUCGGCGGAAAAUGGUACGUCCAAUGCCGAGGAGUGGGGCCGUUUCCUGCACACCAAGAAGUGCUUCACGGACUUUGACGAAAUCCGCAAGGAGAUCGAAAACGAAACGGAGCGGGCGGCGGGCAACAACAAGGGCAUCUGCCCGGAGCCCAUCAACCUGAAGAUAUUCUCGACGCACGUGGUCAACCUAACGCUGGUGGAUCUGCCCGGCAUCACCAAGGUGCCGGUGGGCGAUCAGCCGGAGGAUAUCGAGGCGCAGAUCAAAGAAUUGGUGCUCAAGUACAUUGAGAACCCGAACUCCAUCAUUUUGGCUGUGACGGCCGCCAACACGGACAUGGCCACCAGUGAGGCACUCAAGCUGGCCAAGGAUGUGGACCCCGAUGGCCGGCGCACUCUGGCCGUGGUCACUAAACUUGAUCUCAUGGACGCCGGCACCGAUGCCAUCGACAUCCUGUGCGGCCGGGUCAUUCCCGUCAAGCUGGGCAUCAUCGGCGUGAUGAAUCGCUCGCAGAAGGACAUCAUGGACCAAAAGCACAUCGACGAUCAGAUGAAGGACGAGGCCGCCUUCCUGCAGCGCAAGUAUCCCACUCUGGCCACGCGCAACGGCACGCCCUACUUGGCCAAGACCCUCAACCGGCUCCUGAUGCACCACAUCCGGGACUGCCUGCCAGAUCUUAAGACUCGCGUCAACAUCAUGGCCACGCAAUUCCAAUCGCUGCUGAACUCCUAUGGCGAGGAUGUCUCCGACAAGAGCCAGACCCUGCUGCAGAUCAUCACGAAGUUCUCCAGCGCCUACUGCUGCACGAUCGAGGGCACGGCCAGGAAUAUCGAGACCACCGAGCUGUGCGGCGGUGCCCGGAUGGGCUACAUUUUCCACGAGACCUUCGGCCGCACCCUGGACUCCAUUCACCCGCUGGCGGGUCUGAGCAAGAUGGACAUACUGACAGCCAUCCGGAAUGCCACCGGUCCACGCCCGGCCCUAUUUGUUCCGGAGGUCUCGUUCGAGCUGCUGGUGAAGCGCCAGAUUCGCCGUCUGGAGGAGCCCUCCCUGCGCUGCGUGGAACUCAUUCACGAGGAGAUGCAGCGCAUUGUUCAGCAUUGUGGCAACGAAGUGCAGCAGGAGAUGCUGCGCUUCCCCAAACUGCACGAGAAGAUUGUGGACGUGGUCACCCAGCUGCUGCGUCGCCGUCUGCCGCACACCAACGUGAUGGUGGAGAACAUUGUGGCCAUCGAGCUGGCCUACAUCAACACCAAGCACCCCGACUUCCACAAGGAUGCCGCCUUGGUGCCCAGUCUGCUGAAAACGGACAGCGAUCCCUACUCACAGAUUAAUCUGGGCCAGCGGCGGGCCAACACACCGCGCAACCACAUGUCGCCUCAGAUUUCGUCGCACAGUGCAGGUUCACAGCAGCCGCAACAGCAGCCGCCGCAGUCGAGUUCCUCACAGCAGCAAUAUAGCCAAGUGCAUGAGCAGAACCACGUCGGCGAGAACUCGACGCCUUCGAUGGCCAGCUCAUGGCUGUCGAACAUUUUACCGCCGGCAACAACGCGUCCGGACAGCAUUGAGAACUCGACCAACAACACUCCGGUUCACAAUAACAUCGUGAGUCCAGUGAAGCCGGUCAAUCUGCUGCCCGAUGUGCCGGCCAACCACAAUCCACGUCGCCUCACUGACAAGGAGCAGAAGGAUUGCGAUGUCAUCGAACACCUGAUCAAAUCGUAUUUCUACAUUGUGCGCAAAUCCAUACAAGACUCGGUUCCAAAGGCCAUCAUGCAUUUCUUGGUUAACUACGUUAAGGACAACUUGCAGAGCGAACUGGUUACCCAUCUGUAUAAGUCGGAUAAGGCUGAAACCCUGCUCAACGAGUCCGAUCACAUUGCAGUGCGCCGAAAAGAGGCGGCGGACAUGUUGAAGGCACUGACGCGGGCGAAUCACAUCAUCAGCGAAAUCCGCGAGACCCACAUGUGGUAGGCUGGUCGGCGAUUGGAGCAACCCGUUUCGACUUAAUAAUCCCCGCAUAUAAGCAACAUAAAAUCUAUUUAUUGAAGACGCGUUCGAAAAGAACGAACUCCUUUGUUAAAUGUUCCCCCUACCGAGCACUGAAAUAUCAUCAAAUUGCAUGCGACCCCCAAAUUCUGGGCCUUUCAUUUAGCCUACUCGCAUUUCUAUUCGCCUGGCAUUUGUCUAUCAUCGAGCCUCUCCGCUUUUUAAAUUAAUAAGAAGUUGUAGACGCCGUGAUUGGUUCGAUUAGGUUACUCAAAGCACUUAUUACACAUUGAAUAGUCAAAUAAAGCAGAAAAGGUUGAUUCAAACAUA